AUGUCAUUUGCAAUCAGCGACAUGGAGGGCAUCAAAAGUUUAAGGGAGAAUGUUUAUGAUGAACAUGGGAACCUACUAGAAGAAAAGCCCAUGGAUUCACUUGAUGCGGCCACAAGAAAGAAGAUUUCAGGUGUACGAGAUAAGAUGGAAGAGCUUAUUCAAAAGGCGAAACAUUUAGAUGAAGCAUUAGACUUCUUAACAUCAAGUGUGAUGAACAUUGAGGAAAAAGCAAGUCCAAAGUCGAAAGAAGCUUUCUUGCUUGCCGUCUCGUCUGACUGUCUCAAGUACCAGAGCGAGGCUGCCGAGUCAGGGAACAGGCCGCGGGACGACAGUGAGAACAUGAAGCUGCCGCGGAGCGCCAAGACCGCGCCGGCAAAGGUCGACGUCCGGCGGCCACCUUCCGCCUUGCGCGGCCGACGGCCAUCGUCACGACGUGCAGGGAAACCCCAUUCCCAAAUUGACGCCAAAAUACUGAACCCAAUUGUCCACCUUGUACUUGCUGCAGACCAUGCAGCUGUGGUCAUAACUGAUUGUACAUCGUUCCAGCAGUCUUCUUGGGAUUACUGUUCCGCAGAAAGCCGAUCACGUCUCCUCUUUUUACACCAUAUAUAUGUAUUACUCGGUUGCACCGUAGUAAAACAAGAUACUGUUGUAACGAUGGAUGCUGGUCUAUUGAGUAUUUACCUGGCCUAAGACUCGGAGCACUAUGCCAUAACUUGUAACGUUGAAUGCUGGUCUCUAUGUAACGAUCUUACUACUCCCUUCGUAAAAUAAUAUAAGAGCAUUUAGAUCAUUACUUUAAUGAUCUAAACGCUUUUAUAUUAAUUUACAGAGGGAGACUAUUCAUAAGGGCAUGAGCAAGGUGUUAAGCAUGUACAUAUGCCCAAACCGGUGCCUAAGUAGUGAGAUAAUUUCAGUUUCUUUGUCCUCGUCUCACUUUCUUUGAUGUACAGUCUUUAGUACAUCAACAACAAAAGGCACACUAUUUGGUAAAAUAUGUAUUAAAAUGCUCAAUUAACCGAGAGAAAAAUAAAAUACAGAAGCUGCUUAUUUUGGUGGAA